AUGGCAGCCUUGAAGGAGAUUGCGGAGGCGGGUGGCGAUCAGUUGGCGGAUUUGAAGUUGGUCAAGUAUGGCAUUGGAAGUCCAAGUGAGAAGCUCAUUGAUUCUCGGACGCCAGUCGUGGCCGCUACAUGGACUUGGGCAGAGAUAUGCGUGAAGAUGGAGGAAGAGAUCACCUACAUUUGGCCUUCCCGCAUAAGUUUCAUGAAGGUCCUUUACUUUCAUAAUCGUUACUCGCCUGUAGUGGACACGACAUUCGCGCUCGCGAGUUCUCUGAGCAACGUUGGCAAUCACAGGCUGUGCACAGCCGAGUUUCAAGUCAUGGCAUUCUCUUACUCCAGCGGGUCGUUUGCCUCGGAGUUCAUCCUGAUAGCACGGACUCUCGCUCUCUACAACUUCCAUCCCGUCAUCAUUGCCCUCGCAUGCGCUCUUGUUCUCAUCAUGGUCGUCCCAACUACUGUAGCAUCCAUUCGAUUGCUCUUCCCUCUCGCAUAUCCUGGUGACGACAUCAUCGAAAUUACCGGAUGCGUACCGAGCGUGGACGAUAUCAACUCGGCCUGGGUGUUCUUCACCUGCCUCUUGAUCUGCGAAACCAUGGGAGACCGCCGAGGAGAGAGAGGGUCUACUCCACCGGCUAUUACGCUGGGGCAACGGGGCAUGCAAACGGGCCCUACCCUGUCUGUGCCACGGUCACACUGCCGGCCCCCUCUCGUCGAGACCAUGUAUCAGAACAGCUCUAUAUACUACGUUAUCAUGCUAUCUCUCCACAUUAAUCUGGCGAUGACGGCCACGAAUAACGCCGCUCCGCACGGUGCACGCCUCGCUGUGCACGCGCGUUCUCCUCAACCUUCGCCGGGUCGCCGCCCAAGGCGCCUCGCCACUAUGCCAGACUUUACAAUCGCGACCCUCAGCGGCGUCGCGUUCCGCGAUCCAAACGCGGAGGGGCGCACACGUCUUGAGGGACUCGAGGAGCAUCCGUACGGCAGGGAGCGGGGUGGGGGCGAGAACACCGUCUACAUCGAGCUCGAGGCUCUCUCGAGCCGUGAUGUACAUGGGGUAGCUGACAUUACUUUACUAUAA